AUGAGUGAUAAUGACUGGGUAGCCGGCAUUAGCAAAAAGGAUGCUGGAAGAUACAGCAGACAGCUUUUAGUUGAUGAUUUCGGAGUUUCAGGCCAGAAAAACUUGAAAAACUCUCGAGUACUGAUUGUAGGAGCUGGAGGGCUCGGAUGUCCCGUUGCAACGUAUUUAGGGGCUGCAGGUGUGGGAACUCUGGGAAUCAUUGAUUAUGAUCAUAUUUCUUUGGAUAAUCUUCAGCGACAAGUUGCGUAUAAAGAAGCACAAAUAGGACAUUCGAAGGCAAAAGGAUUAGCAGACAACAUUAAACUACAGAAUAGCGAUGUCAACACAGUAGUUCAUAACGUGUCGUUGGACAGUUCGAAUGCCAUGGACAUCUUCAAAAACUACGAUAUUGUUUGUGAUUGUACUGAUAAUGUGGCUACAAGAUAUCUCAUUAACGAUGUUUGUGUACUUUUGAACAUUCCUCUUGUCAGUGGAAGUGCCCUUCGAUGGGACGGGCAAAUAUCAGUGUACCAUUAUGGUCCUGAAUGUCCUUGUUAUCGGUGUCUGUUUCCAUCUCCACCUGAUCCAAAUUCAGUUACAAAUUGCAAUGAAGGAGGAGUUCUCGGACCAAUUGUUGGGACGAUUGGAAGUAUGCAAGCGUUAGAAGUUAUGAAGAUUGCGGCUAAUGUGGAUAGCACUCUCGCUGGUAAAUUAUUGCUUUUUGACGGACGUGAAGGAAAAUCCCGGACGAUUCGGCUAAGAAAACGAGAUACGAAAUGUGCAGUUUGUGGGGAUAAUCCAACGAUUACAGCUCCAAUUGACUAUGUUCUUUUCUGUGGCGCUGGUGCCCAUGAUAAGAUUGAGAAUCUGAAACUUCUGGGACCAACUGAUCGUUUGAAUGUAGAAGAAUAUCGAGAUAUUAGAGGAGCUCAAAAACAAUUUCUAUUAGAUACACGACCGCCAGUUGAAUUUGAAAUUGCACACCUGCCGGAAGCAAUUAAUAUCACACUGAACGAAUGUAGGUCUCUCACACCACAUGACUUGUCGUCUCGUCUUGGAGUUGAUUCAAAUACAUCUGAUGUUUAUGUGAUCUGCCAUAGAGGAAACGAUUCACAACGAGCAGUUCUUCUUCUACGAGAAAAACUCAAUUCUAUUCGUUUCCGUGAUAUAAUUGGAGGAUACGAGGAAUGGGCACUUAAAAUCAAUGACAAGUUCCCACUGUACUAA